AUGAGUGGGCCCACACCAGAAAAGGCUCUAAUAGGUGUGCCGGAUCGGUGGAUGCACUGUCCGAAAACAGGGAAGGUCGUUGACGGUCUUUUCUUUCCCUUCAAGACGCCGCUUUGUUCUCUAUAUGACGACCAGAUCGAAAAACGCUUGCGGUUCCACCCUGAAGAUGUUUUCAAUCAUCCAGCUAUAAAAGGAAAGAAAAUAGGAUUGUGGAUCGACCUGACGAAAACAGAUCGCUAUUAUUUCGUGAAAGAGGUAGAAAGCCGUGGUUGUAUAUACCGCAAAAUGCCACUUGCCGGGCAUGGUUCAUCUCCAACACAAGACGAAACCGAUCGAUUUGUACGGCUGGUUCAGGGGUUCGCAAGGGACCAUCCUGGAGAACUUGUGGGUGUCCACUGUACCCAUGGAUUUAAUCGAACUGGGUUCCUCAUUGCCGCUUAUAUGGUAAUUGCAAAGGAUUGGGCGGUCGAUUGUGCUGUGUUAACGUUCGCCAAAGAACGUCCGUGCGGAAUCUAUAAACAAGACUACCUGGGAGAUCUCUUUGAGAGAUAUGGUGACCCAGACGAUUGUCUUCAGGCUCCUAACAAACCAUCAUGGGAAUAUGGUGAUGCCAAUAGCUAUGAUGACAGUAACGAGGCAUCAACUAGCAUCUCUAACGAAGCUAACGAAGUUGUGGAGGAUGGAGCGGGAAACUCAUCUGGAAAGCAGUUUAUGGACGGUCUCGUACGUGGGGUUGUUCUAGUUACAGAUCCACUCAAGAAGAAAAUGUUGCAAGGAAAGAUCAAGGAAUUGUGUGGAGCAAAACGAGAUGGAUUUCCUGGGCUUCAGCCAGUAUCUCUUGAAAGAUCGCGUGAAGCGGACAAUAUGAAGCUUUUAGCCCAACGACCCUACAUGGUGUCUUGGAAAGCUGAUGGCAUGCGAUAUAUGAUCUACAUUUGUGAUGAAAAUGAAGUAUACGCCUUUGAUCGAGAUAACGAGGUGUUUUUGAUACAAGGACUUACUUUUCCCCACAGAAAACACCCAAGACAUAUAGUGAACACCUUGGUGGAUUCAGAAAUGAUUAUUGAUCACGUCAAAGACGAACAUGGUAAUAUGGUCGAUUUGCCAAGAUUGCUAAUAUACGACAUUAUCCAUUUUGAGGACAUACAUGUUGGAAAGGAUAACUUUGAUGUUCGGUUCAUGUGCAUUCGAAGAGAACUCAUCGAGCCUAGAAAUGCGGCAAUAAAGGCAGGACGCAUCCGAAAGGAUCGCGAGCCAAUGUCCGUGCGUGUCAAAGAUUUCUGGGAGUUGGAGGCACUGCCGAAACUCUUUGAACCAAAGUUUACAAAAAAUGUGGGGCACGAGAUUGAUGGUUUGAUUCUGCAACCUGUUGACGCUCCUUAUACCCCUGGACGAUCUGAUAUAGUGCUGAAAUGGAAACCACCAUCACACAACUCAAUUGACUUCAAGUUACAGAUCAGGAAAGUUGUAAAAGAAGGCGAACUCCCUCAACAUAUCGGGUAUCUGUAUGUUCAACAUGCGAAUGAGCCAAUGGCCACGAUGAAAGCAACGAAGAAGCUGCUGCCGUAUGACAACAAGAUCAUCGAGUGCACGUUUGAUAAUGGACAAUGGAUAUUUAUGAGGGAACGUACAGAUAAGUCGCUGCCGAAUUCUUUAAAAACUGCUCAAUCUGUUUACAACAGUAUGAUCAAUCCGAUCGACAAAAACUUACUUAUUGACUUUGUUGCAAGGUACGGGUACAAAAAGAGACAUUCACAUAUUGAGCCGGACAAGAAACGACCAAGAAUGGAAUAG